GCGAGAGAGAGAGGUAGAGUAAAAGGAAAAGGAAGAUGAACUCAGAGAGGGAUGUUGAGGGGGAAAGAGGGGAGUGAGUAAUAACGAGAGUGAGAGAGGUUGUAGAGAUAGUGGGACAGAGARAGGGAAAGAGAGAAAAAGAGAGAGAGACUGUGACUGGAACUGGAACUGCCGGUUCCUGAGACAAACAGGAAACUUAUCGCGCCCUCUCAGGAUCCUCUCCUCCUCGCUCCCUGGACCAGCGCAAGACAAAUACUCAGCAGAUUUCUCCGUGAUAUCGGGCUUUUGUCCACACAGAUCCACAGAUAAACGAAGCCACCUAGAAAACCAUAAUGUUUUACUUCCACUGUCCCCCUCAGCUGGAUGGAGAAUGUUGUCGGACUAAUACAUUGAACACCAACGGGUUUCCCAACCAUUCGUCAGCAGGUGAUUUUGAUGACGGCUUUCUGCGGAGAAAACAGCGUCGAAAUAGAACAACAUUUACGCUGCAACAGUUGGARGCUUUGGAGGCUGUGUUCACGCAGACUCACUACCCCGAUGUUUUCACACGUGAGGAACUGGCCAUGAAGAUCAACCUGACUGAGGCGCGUGUCCAGGUGUGGUUCCAGAAUCGUAGGGCCAAGUGGAGGAAGACGCAGAGAGGGAGUACAGACCCCGACGGAGGUAAGGAGCAGAUAAACGAGGGAGGCACUCCUCCGUCCAGGAGUCUGAACUCCCAGUCUCCUGUGGACCAGAGCAGGAAACAGAAGGAACCUCUGGAGAUGCAGCAGAGUAUGAACCGAGCCAUAGGUCCUGGUGGGCCGUUCUUCCCAUCCUGUCUACCAGGGACCCUCCUGAACUCAGCCACCUAUGCUCAGGCUCUGUCGCAUGUUGCCACAAUGAAGGGCGGUGGUCUGUGCUCUUGCUGUGUUCCUGACCCCAUGGGCCUGUCCUUCUUGCCCCCCUACGGUUGUCAGGGCAACCGUACAGCCAGCGUGGCAGCCCUGCGGAUGAAGGCCCGUGAGCACUCCGAGGCCGUCCUGCAGUCAGCCAACCUGCUGGGGAAUGGCCAUGGGCAUGGCGCUGGAGUAGGAGGCCUGCCCAGGGUCGGGGUAUCCGGGGAUGGGUUGAAAAGGCCCAGGAUGGAACCUGCCCUGGGAGUCAUAUCUGGAUCAGUGUCGGGUGUUUCUGGAGCCGUGGGGAGAGGAGCAGGGGGCGGACUUACUCUCAGCCCAGGCUCCAAGGCCCCGACUCAGGGUAGCGGGUCUGACAUGAACCCCCUCUGCCCCAAGGAACCACUGGAGAAAAAGUGAGUGUGUGUCUGUGUUCGCUGCCAAGAGGAAACAGACGUACGGACAGUGAGGAUGUACAGACAGACGGACGGACUGGG